CAAUCAAAGUUUCACACAACCAAAACCCGUGAAUCUUCCCACCUUCUAUUCUUCAUCUCGUUCUGAUUCAUUCAUGUGUUGACAUAAACUGUCAAAAAUAUAAAAAGAAACGUCGCAGUGCACUGAUUGAUAUUUCGUGAUCUCUUUCGGGCCAAAAUAAGCAGAAUUUUGUUUGCGAACCCAAUCUCCUUGUUCGAAAAAUACUAAUUUUCGUGUGAUCGUUAAAAAUCUAACUUUCACGAUGGGUAAAGGUUUUAAUAACUACAUGUGCAAAAAAUUCUUCCAUCCUGCAUCCAGGGAUAAUUUGAAACGGGUAUGGAUGGCCGAACAGCAAGCCGAUGCUUACAAGAAAAAGCAGGAAGAACUUCGCAACCAGUACGAGAAGGAACAAGAGCUGCAUGACAAUAAAGCUAUGCUUAGCAAGGAGAGCAAGGACAAGCUGAGCGUAAACUUCAUGUACGAACUUCCCCCGGGAAUGAAGAAGGAACGAGAAAAGGAGACGUCGGACGAAGCUGAGUACAAAUUCGAGUGGCAGCGGAAGUAUAAUGCGCCGCGUGAGAGCUACUGCAAGGGCGAUACCGAGAUCCGGGAUCAACCGUUCGGUAUUCAGGUGCGCAAUGUUCGCUGUAUAAAAUGUCACAAAUGGGGCCACAUUAAUACCGACAAAGAAUGUACAAUGUAUAGUCUUUCGAUGAGUGAGGCAAGGAAAAUGCAUUCCGAAGCUGAAGCGAACCAGUUGCUAUCCAAGAAUGAUCUAGAGCAAGGGCUUCGGGAGGAUGGACUUGCCAUGAAACGAAGUGCCAAGGAGCUAGCAACCUCGCAUCAAUUGGUUGAAGAGCCAGGACUGGACAAAAUUCAAACUGAAACAGAUUUCCUGAAAUCAUUGACCACCAAACAGAAGAAGAAGCUGCUGAAGAAAUUGGAGAAAAUCGAGAAACGUCAUAGGAAGGACAAGAGGAAGAAACAAUCAAGCUCGAAUUCUAGCGGUUCAUCAGAAUCGUCAUCUGACGAAGAGGAAGAACAAUCCAGGAAGAAAUCCAAGAAGUCCCGUCGCAAACGCGGAGCGAAUUCUUCCGAUUCGGAUGAUGGCGAUAGAAAUAGAAGGAAUAGGGAUAAACUUCAUGCAAAGUCCACUUCCAGUCAGAGCAUUCGUAAACACAGCAGAAGAGAUCGUUCCCGUUCCCGGAGUCCACGCCGCGAUCGCAAAAGGCAUUAAGGCAUUUUCGAAACGGAUUAUUAACUCCAGAAUACAAGCAUAGGGUUUUAUUUUAUCAAGAUUUAAUCCAAGUUAUCCAUAUUCAAUGUAACAUAUCAAUAACUCUAGAAAGAUUUUAGAAGCCAUCCUGUUCCGUAGCGAAAAUAAAUCGAAAGUAAGUUCAAUUUA